UAACAUUGCAUGUACAUGCAUGAGUGGGUUUUUUUUUGUUGUGCAACACUCGAUAAUAAUCUAUUCUACAUUUAGUACUACUUUUACUCUAACCUAUUCUAAAGGAAUUUAACUGGAUCUAUGAGAGAGUCGACAAAAACUAACCACCCUCGAAUCAAACGGGUGCAUUACACACCCAUCUGAAUUUAGAAAAUCAUAUCUGUGACAAUUGAUGAGAGACCAGAUUUGAAUACAUGGUUGGGUUAGGCAAGCACUGUAUAGCUACAAUGCUUUAUGCGUAGUUGCGACCUACGACCUCAAGAUCUAUGGCGAAGUGCAUAUGUAUUCCUCCUUUGUGUUCCCUCGCCAAUCUUUGACACCUGGAAUACAACCGACACUGGUCUCUUCUCAUUCAAUGUCCAGGAUGAACGUGAACGUGAACGUGAACGUGUUGCCUAUAGCAAACGUUCGCUAUUUAUUCACUAGUUCUCCUGCUUCAUACAAUACCCCUUUCAAGAACCAAGACAACCCAUACGCCCAUACGAUUCCUACCAUUCUAUCAUCCAUGGAGGAGACAUCAAAAAAAAUUCAUACGCCUCCUAGAUUCAGGGUUCUGAUGUUCCCAUGGCUAGCUCAUGGCCACAUUUCUCCCUUCUUAGAACUAUCCAAGAGACUCGCCAAAAACAACUUUCAGAUUUAUUUUUGUUCCACUGAGGUCAACUUGAAUUUCAUCAACAAAAACAAAACCUUAGAUGAGUACUUCUCCGAUCAUUCAAUGGAAUUAGUACUACUGGAUUUGCCAGAUAUGCCCGAACUCCCUCGACACAAUCACACAACAAAAAACCUCCCUCUCCAUCUCAAAUCAACCCUCAAGAUUGUGUUCUAUAUGGGAAAAACCAAUUUCCAAAACAUCCUCAACACUUUGAAACCUGAUUUGCUAAUCUAUGAUGUUUUCCAACCUUGGGCUUCAGAGCUGGCUGCACUGAAUCAUAUCCCUUCUGUUCAUUUCGUAACCUGUGGAGCAGUAAACAUGUCUUUCUUUUAUCAUUGCUUGAAGUAUGGAUUCUCCGGGUUUAACGAGACUUACCCUUUUCCUUCAAUUUUUAUGAGGGAUUAUGAAAUAAACAGGAUGGCAGCCAUUGCCCAAGGAUCCAGCACAAUCGAACCCCAAGAAGCUCAGUUAUCUCCUAAGUGCUUUGAAUUAUCUUCUGAUAUUAUUUUGGUGAAAAGCUGGAGAGGAAUUGAGGGGAAAUAUAUUGAUCACUUAUCUUUAUCUUGCGGGAAGAAGGUCUUAGCUCUAGGUCCUCUACAUGAACCAGAAGAUGAUACCAAGGAGGAGGAGAAUAACUCCCAUAUCAUCAAGUUUCUGAACACUAAAGAUCAAUCAUCAGUGGUUUAUGUUUCUUUUGGGAGCGAAUACUUCUUGUCCCAGGAAGAAAGGGAAGAAAUGGCAUAUGGGCUGGAGCUGAGUAAUGCUUAUUUCAUAUGGGUAAUUAGGUUUCCCGUGGGAAAUGCCAUUACCCUUGAAGAAGCCUUACCAGAAGGAUUUCUCGAGAGGGUGAAAGAGAGGGGGUUGGUGGUGAAUGGAUGGGCACCACAGGUUAAAAUUCUUGGGCAUCCAAGCACGGGUGGUUUUGUGAGUCAUUGCGGGUGGAACUCAGUGAUCGAAAGCAUAUAUUAUGGGGUUCCAUUGUUAGCCUUGCCCAUGCUUUAUGAUCAGUUUAUUAAUGCUAGACUUGCAGUAGAGAUUGGUGUUGGUAUUGAGAUUCUCAAGGACGAAGAUGGACAGAUAAAGAGGGACGAGGUUACUAAAGUCAUAAAUAAGGUGGUCGUUGAGAAGAAAGAGGGAGAACUACAGAGAGAAAAAGCUAGAGAAUUGACUAAAAAGUUGAGAGAAGAAGGUGAAGGAGAAUUGCUAGAAGCAGUAGAGAAGCUCAGGUUAUUAUGCAGCAAGAACAAGUAACAAUAUCUGGUAGUCAGCUAUGAUGACUUAGCCUGGUUUGAUAAGAACAACUACUCCCUUCUAGAAUUUAGUCUUUUUGCUAUCAAAUUUAUUUGUAUUCAAGCACGUAAAAUUGUUAUCAAAUGGGCGUCCGUAUUGUUUCGAA